CCAAACACCUUAAUUUCAUCUCUUUCCACAAACACCCUGCUUUCUAUGGUUUCAUAGCUUCACCUUCAUUCACUCGUUUGCCAAGUCCUACUACUUAUCCUAGGUUGUGUUUCUCUCACUUUCGGCCAUACUCAUCAUCUCGAUCUGCUACAUUUAUGGAGGUGUUCAAAGCAAUUGCUCAGCAAGAACUUGCAGCUCAUCAUGGCAGUACUGCUAUCAGAGCUGAUCAGAAGAGUUACAGUUACAAGCAACUCAUCUCAUCUGCACAGAAGAUAUCUCAUCUCUUGUGUGGCAAUGGUGUCAAAACAGUGAGUUACACCGGAAAUCUUGGUGGAGCUCGAAUAGGAAUUGUAGCCAAACCCUCUGCUGAAUUUGUUGCUGGAAUACUUGGGACUUGGUUUAGUGGAGGUGUUGCUGUUCCACUUGCACUAAGCUAUCCAGAAGUAGAGCUCUUGCAUGUGAUUAAUAAUUCGGAUGUGUCUGCAAUACUAAGUACUGAAGACCAUAGUGAAUUAAUGCAAAGCAUUGCCAAUAAAAGCUCUUCUCAGUUUUUUCAUCUUCCGCCUGUUCUCAAUGAGUCUUCAGAGAAUGGGGAAAUUGACCCAGACAGAUUUUGCCUGGAGAAUAUUGGGAAAUCAAAUGAAGAUCCAGCACUGAUUUUGUACACUAGUGGGACAACAGGUAAACCUAAGGGAGUUGUUCAUACACACAGAAGCAUCAUUUCCCAGGUUCAAACCUUGACAAAAGCAUGGGAGUAUGCAUCUGCCGAUCAGUUUCUGCAUUGUCUACCGCUACAUCAUGUUCACGGGCUUUUCAAUGGUUUACUGGCCCCUCUCUAUGCAGGUUCCACGGUUGAGUUCAUGCCAAAAUUUAGUGUGAGGGGAAUUUGGCAGAGAUGGCGGGAGUCAUAUCCAACUGAAGGAUCUAAGGCUGAUGAUGCAAUAACUAUGUUCACUGGAGUUCCAACUAUAUACACCCGAUUGAUACAAGGUUAUCAUGCUAUGGAUCCUGAGCUACAAGUUGCUUCAGCAUCUGCUGCAAGGAAUCUGCGUCUUAUGAUGUGUGGGUCCUCUGCACUUCCUCAGCCCGUUAUGCAAGAGUGGGAAGCCAUCACUGGGCAUCGCUUAUUAGAGCGAUAUGGCAUGACUGAAUUUGUCAUGGCAUUGUCAAAUCCAUUGAAAGGUGAGCGUAAGGCAGGCACUGUUGGCAAACCAUUUCCUGGUAUACAGGUCAAGAUUCUCGCGGAUGAGGAGAGUGGGAGUGAUAAAACUGGAGUGGGUGAGCUUUGUGUUAAAAGCCCUUCGUUGUUUAAAGAAUAUUAUAAACUUCCUGAGGUAACGAAGGGAUCAUUUACUGAUGAUGGGUUCUUUAAGACUGGAGAUACAGUUACUACAGAUGAAGAUGGAUAUUACAUCAUUCUAGGACGUACUAAUGCUGAUAUUAUCAAGGCUGGUGGCUAUAAGCUGUCUGCAUUAGAAAUUGAAUCAGUUAUAAUAGAGCAUCCAGCUGUCUCAGAAUGUUGUGUUUUGGGCUUACCAGACAAAGACUAUGGAGAAGUUGUUGGUGCAAUUAUUGUACCAGAGGUUGAUGUUAAACGAAAGCGAGAUGAAGAGUCAAAGCCUGCAUUAAGCCUAGAAGAAUUGUCCACCUGGGCCAAAGACAAACUUGCACCUUACAAGAUACCAACUCAACUAUUCCUGUGGGACUCACUCCCUCGCAAUGCAAUGGGGAAGGUAAAUAAAAAGGAGCUGAAGAAGCUGCUGGCUUCAGAAAAGUAAAUUUUCUGAAACCAGUUUUAAGAUGUGGCAAUCUCAGCCGUUCAUUUUUAUUAUUUAUUUAUUUAUUGGUUUAAGUUCUAUGUGUAAUCCGGGGGAAUAUGAUCAAUACGAGCUAUCUUAAUUUCAAUAAGGUCGAGUACGAUCUUAUUUGCAUCAUACUUGCUUGAUCAUUAGCAACUAAUGUUCUUUCAUUAGUUGAUUAAUUACUGUAACGCUAUUGUGCAAAAUCUUCCGUAGAAGUACAUAGGCCAAUAGCUUAAGCAAACUAGAGGGUCUGUUGUUAGUAUUCUAUUUGAUUGAUUGUACUUGCUGUUUACAAUGUGAUUAAUUUGGUACUAUCUUUGUAGAAUUUAUAAUGUGUACUGUUAUA